AUGGAUCAGCCGAAGGCCAUGUUAUCGACUAUCGAUGGCGAGACGACGGAGAACAGAGGCUCCAUGAAGGUGACGACGACAGAUUCGGGAUUCAAUUCGGCCGAUAGCACGGAUUCCGCAGAUCAAGUGGCCCUGGCCACUCCCCCCAGCCUGCUGCGCCUUCGAUUGGCGGCACAAUCGGAGCAGCCGACGAUGACGACGCCCAGCCGAAGGCGCGUCGGCUUCCAUGCCGGCGUUAUCGAUAACGAGCACAUGAAUCGCCGAAAAUCGAAGUGCUGUUGCAUCUAUCGAAGGCCGCAUCCCUUCGGCGAGAGUUCCUCCUCGACGGACGACGAGUGCGAUAACUGUUUCGGGCAUCCGGAGGUGAGAACCCGCAAUCGGCUGGAGAAGCUGGAGAAGCGGAGGCAGGCUGAGCAAAACUGCGGCUGUGGCUGUCACUGUCAUCAUCACCGCACUCAUCGCCACAUUAAUCGGAAUAAUCGACUGCCUAUCGGAGAGAUCGCGGCGGAAAAGGACAAUAAUAGAGAUGAAGAGGAGCCAAAGGCGGUGAUCAAGAAUCGAAAUAAAUCGACUGGCGAAAUUGAAAAAGUUUAGAAGGGCAGAAACGCCACAUUAAUCGAAAUAGUCGGCAACCUAUCGGGGAGAUUGCGGCGGAAAAGGGCAAUAACCGGGAUGACGAGGAGCCAAUGGCGAAUGGUGUAGAACGGCAGAUCAUUGGAAAAUUCUGUGUGCUAAAAUAUGUGGAAAGAAAAAAAUUGGUUUGUGUUUGGAUUCAAUAAUAAUAAAAUUAUGAAAUGGUA